AUGUCUCGUCGUGGCGUUGGUCUCGGGACCUUCGCCAACAGAACCCAAGCCUCGCAGUCCUUUGCCACUCAUGGCGCCAACUUGCGCUCCACCCAUCUGGCGUCUCUUCAAACGCAGCUGUCCGUGUUCCAAUCCUUGCUCCACACCUUUGCACUUGAGCACAGCUCCACCAUCAAGUCCAAUCCGACAUUUCGCGCGGAGUUCGCACGCAUGUGUAAUACCAUUGGUGUUGAUCCACUGGCCGCGAGUAAUGUGAAAGGAAAGAAUGGGCGGCGUGGAGUCGGCGAAGGAGGGAGCUUCUGGACGCAGAUCAUGGGCGGCGACAUGAAUGACUUUUACUUCGAGGUUGCAGUCCGAGUUGUGGAGCUGUGUCGAGACACCCGAGAUGAGAAUGGUGGAUUGAUCGGGGUGGAAGAGUGCCAAAAGCGCGUACGCAAGGGGAAAGCCAUCGGUAGUGGGUUGGAGGUCUCAGAGUACGCUUUGCUCGGGUGGAAGCGCAACUGCAACCAUCAAGUUCAUACUGACACUUUUCGCAGGGACGACAUUCUUCGCGCAGUGAAGUCCUUAGAGCCACUUGGCUCCGGCUUCUCUAUCGUGCAUGUCGGCAGCAAGAAAUACAUUCGUUCGAUACCAAAGGAGCUGAAUACUGAUCAAGCUACCGUACUCGAAGUGAUUCAAGUGCUUGGUUACGUGAGCGUAUCAAUGCUGAAGCUAAAUCUGAAUUGGGAAAAGGCAAGAGCGCAAACGGUCAUCGAUGACCUGCUCGCUGAUGGUCUCGUUUGGCUCGAUGCUCAAGGACCUGAGAAUGAAUACUGGUCCCCUCAGAAUCUCUUGGACGAUAGUGGAUGA